CGGUUCCCGGCAGUGCCGGCAGGGGGCGCGGGCGCGGCCGUUCCGCCAUGGCGGAUUACGAGGCGGUGCAGCGCGGGCCCCUGCGGCUGAAGGGCAGCGGGGGGGCCCUGGGGGCCGGCAAGCGGAAGAAGAAGAAGGCGAAAGACAAGGCCCAGAUCCUGGAGCAGAUCGUGAGCAGCAAGAAGCAGGAGGAGGAGAAGAAGCGCGGGCUGGACAAGCGGACCCCGGCGCAGGUGGCCUACGAGAAGAUGCAGGAGAAGCGGCAAAUGGAGCGGAUCCUGAAGAAAGCGUCCAAAACCCACAAGCAGCGAGUGGAGGACUUCAACAGGCAUUUGGAUACUCUGACUGAGCAUUACGACAUUCCCAAAGUCAGCUGGACUAAAUGACCGGGCUGCUUUACACGGCUCGGGAGCUGGAGUCAUGUUUUAUUUGUAUCAAGCAGGAUUGCCAUGUAAAUCUUUCUUUUCUUCAUAUUGUCUAUUAUAUCUUCUGAGCUUUUAUGACUUUAUACUGUCUUAUAGUCUUGUUUUUUUUAAACCAAAUACCCAGCAAUGUCUCCUCUGGGCUGAGGAGUUCUGGUUUACAUCAAUGCAGAGGGCUGGUAUUUUUAGUGUUUAUAGUGAGGUUAAGGCCAAGACGAAUUGCUGUGAGCCAGAUGGAAAACAUUUAUUUCUUUGGUUCUAACAGUUCUCCCUUUUUGAAGUGAAGACUCUCACAUUUAAGUUUCUGUUUUAAGUUAUGAUUACUUUCUAUCAAGUUCUGUCAGAGGCCAUCUUGCAAAAUGUGAAAUAUGUAAAAUUGUCUUAUGAAAGGAUAGUCUUUGAUAUUUGAUCUUUGUAUACAUUGAAGCAUAAUCAGCAAGAAGGGAUGUUUAAUCCAUGAAAGAGAGCAGCCAACAAGCUCUAACUGAUGUCCAAGUUGUGGUAGCUGAUGUGGUGGAUUUCUGGAAUCCCACCGAGCACUCAGGCUUGUGCAACUCUGAAAUAAAUGGUGUGUCUCUCUCGUGUCUAA